CCCCCCAUCCUCCUGGUGUGGUACCCAGAGGUUGACUUCUGGAUCUGUGUAAAGAGCUGGGUGAAGUAUGAUGUGCUUACAGAUCCUGAGAAUAAGCCUGGUGGUUCUGGCCGGGUGGGCACUCAGCACUGCCAGCUCUGAGCUGGGCUGGUCCCACAAGCGAUCCCUGGCUCAGAGGGGACACCUGAAUGAGGUGCUGUCGGAAGGAGAACGCUGUUGGCUGGGGACCAAGGCUCGAAGACCCAGGGCUUCUCCCCAGCAUCACCUCUUUGGGGUCUACCCCAGCAGGCCUGGCAGCUCCCUGAGGCCCUACCCUGUGGGGGACCAGGGCACCCCCCGUGCAGGACACAGUGAGCCGGCGGCCGAGGGAAGGGCUGGGAGCGCUGUCCCCCCAGACCUGACUGCAGCAGUGAAGACUGAGACUGAGCAGUCAGCUGCCCCGUGGGUAGGGGAUGGUCCUAUUGGGCAAUCGGAGCUGCUGGGAGAUGAUGACACUUAUCUUAACGAUCGAGGAUUUGAGGCAUCUCUAGGUGAGGCUGGGACUCGGGAACACUCAGCCACGGCUGCCACCAUGACCACCACCAUCGCUCGCCGGAAGGAACCCAAACCAGAACCCCGCAGGAAGGGUCGAGCCAAGACCAGGCGACGUCGCCAGGUGGUGAAGGGGCAGGCAGAAGGCGUGUGGGGAGACCCAGAUAUCUCUCUCCGGCAUUUCCAACCUUGGCCUAAGCGUCCCCUUAUGCACGGGGUCAGAACCAGUCCUUCGGAGGACAGCGUCCGGAAUGGCACAGGGAACCCCUCCUGGGGAGCAAGGAUCUCGAACCCCCACGGAGUAGGACCGCUCGUCUUGUACUUCUCGGGGAGGCGGGAGAGGCUGCUGCUGCGCCCAGAAGUGCUGGCUGAGGUUCCCCGGGAGGCAUUCACAGUGGAAGCCUGGGUGAAGCCGGAGGGAGGGCAGAGCAGCCCUGCCAUCAUCGCAGGCAUGUUUGAUAACUGCUCCCAUACUGUCAGUGACAGGGGCUGGACCCUGGGGAUCCGCUCAGGGGAGGACAUGGGAAGGCGAGACGCUCGCUUCUUCUUCUCACUUCGCACUGACCGCGUGAAGAGGGCCACCACUGUGAUCGGCCACAGUCGCUACCAGGGAGGCACGUGGACACACCUGGCAGCCACUUACGAUGGACGGCGUAUGGCCCUGUAUGUGGAUGGCACUCAGGUGGCUAGCAGUCCAGAUCAAUCUGGUCCCCUUAACAGCCCCUUCAUGGCGUCAUGUCGUUCUUUGCUCCUGGGUGGGGAUAGCUCUGAGAAUGGCCAUUCUUUCCGUGGACACUUGGGCACACUGGCCCUCUGGUCAAUGGCCCUCUCACAAAGCCAACUCCAGCACCGUCCUCGGCAUCCAAGCACAAUGGAGCUGACCACCCUGGUGCUGACAGCCAGCUUUGAGCGCCUGGAAGAACAGUGGGCCCCCUUUAGAGAUGACAAGUACCCCCGGCUUGAGGUUCUCCAGGGUUUUGAGCCCAAGCCUGAGCUUGUGUCACCUUUGCGCCCCCCACUUUGUGGGCAGACAGCAUGUGACAAUGUGGAACUGAUCUCCCACUACAAUGGGCACUGGCCGCUUCGGGGAGAGAAGGUGAUACGCUACCAGGUGGUGAACGUCUGUGACGACGAGGGGCUGAACCCCACCGUGAGUGACCAGCAGAUCAGCCUGCAGCACGAGGUGCUCAAUGAAGCCUUUGGCCGCUACAACAUCACCUGGCAGCUGAGCGUCUACCAGGUCCACAAUUCCACCUUGCGCCACCGCACAGUGCUCGUCAGCUGUGAGCCCAGCAAGAUCGGCAAUGACCACUGUGACCCGGAGUGUGACCACCCACUCACCGGCUACGACGGGGGUGACUGCAGCCUGCAGGGCCGGUGCUACUCCUGGAACCGCAGGGAUGGGCUCUGCCACGCGGAGUGCAACAACAUGCUGAACGACUUCGACGAAGGGGACUGCUGUGACCCCGAGGUGACCGACGUGCGCAAGACCUGCUUUGACCCUGACUCACCCAGGAGGGCCUACAUGAGCGUGAAGGAGCUGAAGGAGACGCUGCAGCUCAACAGCACGCACUUCCUCAACGUCUACUUCGCCAGCUCGGUGAGGGAGGACCUUCUGGGUGCUGCCACCUGGCCCUGGGAGAAGGAAGCCCUCAGUCACCUGGGUGGCGUUGUCCUCAAUCCGUCCUAUUACGGGGUGCCUGGCCAUACCAACACCAUAAUCCACGAGGUGGGGCACGUCCUGGGACUCUACCAUGUCUUCAAAGGGGUCAGUGAAAGAGAAUCCUGCGAUGACCCCUGCAGGGAGACUGUGCCCUCCAUGGACACCGGGGACCUCUGCGCCGACACGGCCCCCACUCCUAAGAGUAAGCUGUGCCAGGACCCGGAGCCUGCCAACGACACCUGCGGCGUCACCCACUUCCCAGGGGCCCCGUUCAACAACUACAUGAGCUACACAGAUGACAACUGCACUGACAGCUUCACCCCUAACCAGGUGGCCCGAAUGCAUUGCUAUUUGGACCUUGUGUAUCAACAGUGGAGUCAAAGCCGAAAGCCCACUCCCAUUCCCAUCCCACCCAUGGUCAUCGGGCAGACCAACAAGUCCCUCACCAUCCACUGGCUGCCUCCGAUUAGUGGAGUCGUGUAUGACAGGGCCCCAGGCAGCGUGUGUGGCGCCUGCACAGAGGAUGGGACGUUCCGUCAGUACGUGCAUGCGGCUUCCUCCGGGCGGGUGUGCGACUCCUCAGGGUACUGGACUCCAGAGGAGGCAGUGGGGCCUCCAGACGUGGACCAGCCCUGUGAGCCGAGCUUGCAGGCUUGGAGUCCAGAGCUCCACCUGUACCACAUGAACAUGACGGUCCCCUGCCCCACAGAAGGCUGCAGCCUGGAGCUGCUCUUCCAGCACCCGGUCCAAGCCGACACCCUCACCCUGUGGGUCACCUACAUCUCCACGGCCUCCUCCCAGGCGCUCUUUGACACGGAGAUCUUGCUGGAGCACAAGAAGUCUGUGCACCUGGGACCCCUAGACACAUUCUGCGACACCCCGCUCACCAUCAAACUGCACAUGGAUGCCAAGGUCUUGGGGGUGAAGGUCUACACCUUCGACGAGCGGAUGGAGAUUGACGCGGCUCUCCUGACGUCUCAGCCCCACAGCCCCCUGUGCUCUGGCUGCAGGCCUGUGAGGUACCAGGUUCUGCGGGAGCCCCCGUUUGCCAGUGGCUUACCCAUGGUGGUGACGCACCCUCACAGGAAGUUCACAGACACGGAGGUCACACCUGGGCAGGUGUAUCAGUACCAAGUCCAAGCUGUGUCAGGAGCAGAACUGGGAGAAGCCUCGCCCCCUCUGAGCCACGUCCACGGUGCUCCUUACUGUGGAGAUGGGAAGGUGGCCAGGAACCUGGGAGAAGAGUGUGAUGAUGGAGAUCUUUUGAGUGGAGACGGCUGCUCAAGGACAUGUAACCUAGAGGAAGGCUUCAACUGUGUAGGAGAGCCGAGCCUGUGCUAUGUAUUUAAGGGAGAUGGGAUAUGCGAGUCUUUUGAGAAGGGAACCAGCCUCAUAGACUGCGGCCUCCCUACUCCCGACGGAUACCUGGAUCAGUGGGCUACCCAAGCUUCCUCCGCUCAUGAAGACAAGAACAAGUGUCCUGUUUCCUUGGUAACAGGGGAGCCUCGUUCCAUGGUUUGCACAUCGCACCGUCCAGAUUCACCAGAGCAUCUCCCCCUUCCCGGCUGGCUUCCCUGUGUCCCCAGUGGAAACAGACCUCGGGAUGAUGUCAGCGAGGGUAGCCUGGAGAGAGAGCGCGAGGUCUGGCUCAAAGUGUCUUUCAGUAGGCCAGGCGUGGCCGCGGCAGUUUUUAUUUUCUUGACGUCUGAUGGCCUGGUAUCUGGGAAACGACAGCGGCCAACAGUGACCGUCCACCUGACCGAUGUCAAUGGAAACAACCACUCUCUUGGAACCUAUGAACUGUCAUGCCAGCAUAACCCACUGGUUGUCAAUGUGACUCGUCACCCAAAUGUCCUCUCCCACUGUACCGCCUCCGUGCUGUUGAAUUUCUCAUCCCCCGUGGUGGGCAUCUCAGCGGUGGCUCUAAGGACAGCCUCCCACCUGAGCCCUUCAGUUCCCAACGACUGCGUCCCAGAGCACGAGGGGCAACAUCAUCAGGGACAGAGCUGUGUCCACGGGCCUUGUGGGAAGCCAAGCAGCUGUGUGCCGUUGCUGCUGGAUCACGCGAACGUGGAGAACUGUACCUCUGGGAUCCCAGGCCACAUGAAGUGCACUGUCACCUGCCAAAGGGGGUAUGCCCUUCAGGCCAGCAGUGGGCAGUACCUCAGGCCCAUGCAGAAGGAAAUUCUGCUCACGUGCUCCUCGGGGCACUGGGACCGGGCAGUGAGCUGUAUGCCCCUUGAUUGUGGCGUCCCCGACCCAUCUUUGGUGAACUACGCAACCUUUUCCUGCGCAGAGGGAACCAGCUUUCUGAAACGCUGCUCCAUCUCCUGUGUUGCACCAGCCAAGCUUCAAGGAAUGAACCCGUGGCUGACCUGCCUUGAGGAUGGGCUGUGGUCUCUCCCCGAAGCCUACUGCAAGCUGGAGUGCAAUGCUCCCCCUGCGAUCCCAAAUGCCAACCUGCUCCUACCGCACUGCCUCCGGGACCACCAUGACGUGGGCUCCACCUGCAGAUAUGAAUGCAAACCUGGCUACUACGUGGUGGACAGUGCAGAGAGUAAAGUCAGGAAGAAGUUCCUGAAAAUACAGUGCCUGGAGAAUGGUACCUGGGAGCAAGGCAGCUGCAUCCCGGUGGUGUGCGAGCCCCCUUCUCCUGUCUUCGAAGGCAUGUAUGAAUGUACCAAUGGCUUUGAGCUCGACAGCCAGUGUGUGCUCAACUGUAGCCAGGACAGUGAAAGGCUUCCCAUCCUCUGCACAAAGGACGGCCUGUGGACGCAGGAGUUCAAGUGUGAGAAGCUGCAAGGGGAAUGUCUGCCACCCCCCUCGGAGCUGAAUUCCGUGGAGUACAAGUGCGAACAGGGCUACGGGAUCGGUGCAGUGUGCGCCCCAUCAUGUGUGGUUCCCCCAAGUGAUCCCGUGAUCCUGCCUAAGAACGUGACUGUGGACACUCUGGAGCACUGGAUGGAGCCUGUCAAAGUCCAGAGCAUCGUGUGCACCGGGCGGCGUCAGUGGCACCCAGACCCCGUUCUUGUCCACUGCAUCCAGUCCUGUGAG